AUGGGCGAGGAGACGCAGAACCGGAAGCACGCCCGCGAGGCAGAGGGCGAGGGGGCCGCGGAGCCGGCGCCGAAACUGCCGCGUACGGACGCGGAGACCGCUACGGACGAUGCACCAGCAGCCGCGGAACCCAACGCCGCGGACGAGAUGGAGCAGCCCGCGCCUGACCUCGCCAUCGGCGCCGAAAUCGAGGUCCUCUGGAGCCUCGAAAACCAAGACAAGUGGUGGCCCGCGAAGGUCAUCUCCGUCGCCACGGCCGGCGAGGGCGCGGAGGCCCGCAGCCUGUACACGUUGCGCUACGCCGCCGUCGAGGGCUUCGAAGAGGAGGAGGAGAUGACCGCGGCGAUGCUGACGCGGCGCGGGCUGCUGCACGUCGAGGGCGCCGAGGGCUACCAGGCCAGCCCGGACGGCCCCUCGCUGUCGGACGUCCAGGCAUGGAGGCUCAAGGGCGAGACGUGGGUGCCCCCGGAGGCCGACGGCGAGUCGGACGACGACGACGCGGCGCACCCGCUGGCCGGGAACCACGAGGUGGGCCCGGAGCUGGCGGGCGAGCUCGCCGACACGUUCCGGGGCAUCCUCGCGAGCCUGCUGCCGCAGGUGGCCGCGAGCCGGCGGGCCACGAAGGACGAGGAGCUCAUGGUGGUGGACCACCUGAACGGGUGCCUCGAGAAGCUGAAGACGUGGCUGGGGGGGGAGUUUGAGCGAAUGAGACAGACGGGGCGCACGACGCUGAAGGAGGAGGAGCUGCUGCCGAUGCUCGGGCGGUUCCUCGCGGAGGUGCGCCCGCACGAGCUCGCGGGGGACCAGGAGCGGUUCCAUAUCUGA